AACCUUUAUUGUUAUUCCAAUGAAGUUUUUGACAUUAAAGCAACUUUUUAUAUCAGGCUUAAUAACCGUGGUGGCUGCCGGGCCUACCAAAAAUAUCACUUUCAACGUUAUUUCUCUAGUUCCUAACAACCAGGCACUUGGUGUUAUUAUCGAUGAAAAGGUGUAUCCUCUCACUAAAGUAAACGAAGCCUCUACUUUACUUCACUACGGCGACGCUCCGUCUCCUUCUUCCGGCUACAAAUAUGCCAUUCUCCAAAAAGAUACCAACCAAGUUAUCGAAAGCGAAAACUUUACUCGUGAAAACAGCCCAAGCGAAAGUACGUUGAAUGAGUAUUAUGGAAGAUCUUGGAACAGCUAUAACAAUUUGACAAAGCUCCCUUUAAUUAUGGAACCUCUUCCCAUCAUCAAUCGUAUCGAAUCCGAUCUUCACAUUGACAACGAAAUUCCUACUGUUCAUUUUUACGGUGAUCAAGCACAAAUCGAUAACCUCCAUAACAACCAAAUGGAAGAUAUUGACGUUAAUUUAAACAUGGCUUACAUUAGUCCCAAGGAUGUCAAGUUGUAUGAGAACGUUACUAUAUCCGUAUCUGGUAUGUCUACACGUCGAAUGAGUAAACUUUCGUAUAAGUUCAAGCUUCCCAAGAAACAAGAUCUUUUUGGCUAUCGCAGAAUCAAAUUAAGAGCAAUGGCAAGCGACUACACUUAUAUGAGAGACAGUUUGGGUUAUGCUAUUGCCGAAUCUGUUGGUUUACCUACUACAAAACACAGUUAUGUUCGUGUCUAUAUUAAUGAUAAAGCUGUUGGUCUUUUUGGUCUUGUCGAGCAUAUAAAAGAUGAAUGGGUGCAAAACGAAUUUGGAAACGGUUCUAAGAAGUUCAAGCAUGGUGCUUUAUUUGUAGCCGAUAUUAAUGUUAAGCAACCCAAUACAACUUCAGCCACAAAUAUGACAAAACGCGAUGGUGCUAUGGACAGCAUUCUUGCAGGAAGAAAUGAAAUCGAUAACCCCAAAGCCGUUUCUUCUUUGUUAUAUCUCGGAAACAACAUUAGCGAUUACAGUCUCGGACAAUAUGCUGUGAAAUCUGACCCCUCUGUUGGUACUGCAAAUUAUACUCGUAUUAUGGAUUUUGCCAAAUUUAUAUCCGAACAACCUACAGAUCAUGUUGAUGACUCUGCUGCUGCUAUCUGGGAGGAGAAAAUAGAUGUCGAUAGUUUCCUUCGAGGCUUGGCUUUAGAGAUUGUGAUUUCUGAUAUGGAUGGUUACUUUGGUAUGUCUAAUAAUUACAUGUUAUACGACGACAUCGAGAACGAGCGACUGGUUCUCAGCGAACAAGAUCUUGAUUUGACUAUGGGUGUAAGCACGUUCAAUACUAGCAUAAUGCAUGGUGGAAACUACACACAAUUCCCAGGUUUCACUGCCCGUCCUUUGACUUCUCGUUUGUUCCAAGUACCCAAAUUUAAAAAGCAAUUUGAAAAGUAUCUUAUCAAGAUGACCAAAGAGCUUGUGAAUCCUGUUGUUCUGGGUCCACGUAUUGAUCAACUUUUCGACAUGCUAUAUGAAGACGUUUCCUGGGAUUUGGCGUUACCUCGCUUAGGCAAAAGCUUGAUGCCUGAUUUUUUGAGCAUAGUAUUUGGUAAUGGAAGUGAUUACACAUCCGUUACUAACAACCCGUUCCACUUUGCUGUGUAUGGACCUACCAUGUUAAACAUCUCGAUGGCUCUUACAGAUUGGUUACCAUUGCGCAGCUCAAAUCUUUUGUCCUUUUUCAACGAAACUAUCUCCCAAUAAUAUACCAAAUG